AUGGCUUGAGCCAAUCAAGCCCAUCUUAUUUAUGUUUAAAACAAUACUAAAUUCCAUUGAAGAGUUUACUAAUAACGUAUAGUUUUGGAAGAUGAAGUUACUCAAAAAAAUCAACUUCCUUUCCCAUUACUACCCCAGAAAAUCAUCAUUUUCAUUUUUAUUCAACUCCUAUACCACCCGCCGACUAACUCUCACUACCUUUCCGCCAGACCCACAAAUUCUUUUAACUACCUUAUGCUCCAACGGUCAACUGAAAGAAGCUUUGCUAGAAAUGGCGGUUCAAGGCCUUGAAAUGAAGUUUGAAAGCUAUGAUAUGUUAUUAAACGCUUGUAUAAACAAAAGGGCGUUUAGAGAAGGCCAAAGGGUCCAUGCCCAUAUGAUCAAAACUCGAUAUUUGCCGCCUGUUUACCUCAGAACUAGGCUGAUAAUUUUUUAUGGUAAAUGUGAUUGCUUGAGGGAGGCGAGGCAUGUGCUUGAUGAAAUGCCUGAGAGGAAUGUGGUUUCUUGGACUGCUAUGAUUUCUGCUUAUUCUCAAAGAGGGUUUGCCUCUAAAGCGUUGGAUCUUUUUGUACAGAUGUUAAGAUCAGAUACAGAACCGAAUGAAUUCACUUUUGCCACUGUACUUUCUUCUUGUACGGAUACUUGUGGUUUUGAGCUGGGAAGGCAAAUCCACUCCAUUAUAAUCAAGAGAACUCUUGACACCCAUAUAUUUGUUGGGAGCUCACUUCUUGACAUGUAUGCCAAAGCUGGUAGAAUUCAUGAAGCUAGAGAGGUUUUUGAAUGCCUGCCAGAAAGGGAUGUUGUUUCAUGCACUGCCAUAAUUUCAGGGUACACUCAAUUAGGAUUAGAUGAAGAGGCAUUAGAACUAUUCCGAAGAUUGAAUUUAGAAGGAAUGAGUUCAAAUUAUGUUACUUAUGCUAGUGUUCUAACUGCAUUAUCUGGGCUUGCAGCAUUAGAUCUUGGUAAGCAAGUUCACAACCAUGUCCUGCGAUGUAAACUGCCCUUCUAUGUGGUAAUUCAGAAUUCUUUGAUUGAUAUGUACUCAAAGUGUGGGAACCUCAUUUACUCAAGACGGAUAUUUGAUAACAUGCCUGAGAGAACUGUUAUCUCAUGGAAUGCAAUGCUUGUAGGGUACAGCAAACAUGGGAUGGGAAGAGAGGUAGUGGAGCUUUACAGAUUGAUGAGAAAUGAAAAUAAAGUCAAACCUGACAGUGUCACUCUGUUAGGGGUUCUGUCUGGUUGCAGCCAUGGAGGGAUGGAAGAUGUGGGGUUGGAAAUCUUUGAUCAAAUGGUUAAUGGGAAAGAUGGAGUCAAGCCUGACAUUGAGCACUAUGGGUGUGUUGUAGAUUUGCUUGGGCGUGCUGGUAGAGUAGAAGAGGCUUUUGAAUUUAUAAAAAAUAUGCCUUUUGAACCAACUGCUGCUUUAUGGGGUUCACUUCUAGGUGCUUGUAGGGUUCACUCAAAUAUUGACAUUGGUGAAUUUGUAGGUCGUUGUCUGCUAGAAAUUGAGCCUGAGAAUGCUGGGAACUAUGUUAUUCUAUCUAAUUUAUAUGCUUCUGCAGGGAGAUGGGAAGAUGUAAGAAUGAUGAGGGAUUUGAUGAUGGAGAAAGCUGUGAAAAAAGAGCCAGGAAGAAGUUGGAUUGAGUUUGACCAAACCCUUCAUUCCUUCCAUGCAAGUGAUCGUUCACAUCCAAGAAGGGAAGAGGUAUUUGUAAAGCUGAAAGAGUUAUCAAUCAAAUUGAAGGAAGCUGGCUAUGUUCCUGACUUGAGUUGUGUUUUACAUGAUGUGGAUGAAGAGCAGAAGGAGAAGAUACUCCUAGGCCACAGCGAGAAAUUGGCUUUGACUUUUGGGCUGAUAUCUACUUCUGAUGGAGUGCCACUCCGUGUGAUUAAGAACCUCCGGAUUUGUGUUGAUUGCCAUAAUUUUGCCAAGUUUGUUUCCAAGAUUUAUCUGAGAGAAGUGUCUUUGAGGGAUAAGAACCGGUUCCACCAUAUUUUUAGGGGAGUUUGUUCCUGUGGAGACUACUGGUGAAGUCUGAAAGUUUAAAACUGGAAAUACACUUUUGUCCAACUGCGUUCAAUAUAAGUGUCCUUCCCUGCUAAGCUGCUACUUCCUUUUUUUUUUGGGUACAAAAGAAGCCGCUGGAAAGGUUUCUAGUGCUACUUCCUACUUUGAAAACCUUAAGACUGUUCUCAAUGAAAGAAUAGUUGAAGGAGUGUCCAUAUUCAAAACCAAAUGAAAGACAGGUUGAAUAGGUCACAAUGUUCAAAACAAAAGUAGGAAACAACUCCCAACUUCGUGGCGCUUGGAAAGAUUGUUUCAGCCGUGGAGAUCGAAAAACACUGACCGACUAUUCUGUUGAAUGAACUAGAGAAGAUUACAGAAUUGCAAAUACCCUUUCCUAACUCUGGUAGUGUGGAGAUCAUCUAUAAAUCGAUGGCAAUUCUUUCUAGUGACAAAUAUAGAGAUGGCCACAUAUAUCAAAGGUUUGAGUGCCCUAUAAAACAGUUUGAUGUACUAGAAGGGCUAACCUUGUUUUGGUUUGGGUAGUGACCUGAGGAUACUUAUGGUUGUGAACAAAAUCAGAAGAGAGGCAACACCAAAUUCUAUGCACAAUAUUUGGAACUUUGAAUAUCUUUUAUUUCAUUUUCACUGUAAAUUUUAAUUAAAAUAUAAAUAA